UCGGAUUUAAUAACAUAAUAAUUCAUAUUACUAUUUACUAUCAAUAAACGCAAACGCUAAAUCACAGCGCUAAAUAGUGAUUAAAAAUCUUAUUCCAUACUAACAAAACAGUAUUGAUAUCUGAAAGACUUGAAGAACAUGAAAGAAACAAAAAUGUGCACACAUUUGUCCGGAGGAAGGUUGAAUGUCGCUAUAAUCCAAGAAACGAUGAGAAAGGAGUUAUUAAAUCUACUACAACUAUGUGAGGGCCCAAAGGUGACAAUCUGGGACGAAUGGCUUGCAGGCCCAGUAGGUUUAGUGGCUCAGUACUCUUUGUUAAAGGAACAUGAAGUGGCCGACAUGUUCCCAUUACGGCCAGGGAGCCUGCCUACAAUAUCUGUUAAACACAUAAUUUUCAUUGCUAGGCCAAAGAUAUUCUUAAUGGAUUUAGUUGCAGACUAUAUUCAGUCUUUAAGAAGUAAGCAGAGUGCACCUGUAGAGUUUCACCUAUUCUUUGUGCCACGAAGAAGUGAAUUAUGUGAGAAACAUCUUAAGAACAGAGGAGUGUACAAUAAUCUCACAAUACAAGAGUUUAUCUGUGAUAUAUUUCCAUUUGAUAGCGAUUUGAUGUCACUUGAACUUCAAAAUGAUUUCAGAGAGAAUUACUUAGAAGGCGAUCCAACAUGCUUAUACAAUGCAGCUCAAGCAUUAAGGACUAUACAACAGCUGUAUGGCAUAGUGCCGCGUGUGUUUGGAAAGGGACAAGCAGCUAAGCAGGUAUGGGACCUCCUUUGUCGUCUAAACAAAGAGGAACAGGGACUGGGUCCAAAGGGCGCUACAACAUCAUGUAUAGAUCAACUGCUUUUGAUAGACCGAGCUAUCGACUUUACAAGUGUAAUGGCGACACAAUUAACAUACGAAGGUUUGAUUGAUGAACUAUACGGCAUAAAGAAUUCCACAGCAACAUUCCCAGGGCACAAAUUCGUCAGUCCAGACGACACUAACCCAGAAGUGACGGCGAGGGAAAGAAAGCGAGUCAUAUUGAACAGCAGUGAAGAACUGUACACAGAGCUGCGGGAUUGUAGCUUUACAACUGUAGGAACAGUACUAUCUAAAAAAGCUCGCGUAAUAAAAACACAACUGGACGAGAGACACAACGACAAAUCCGUGCAAGAAAUCAAGCAAUUUGUGUCGCGACUGCCGCAAAUGUUGGCCAACAAACAGUCGCUGGCCACACAUACAGCUAUAGCGGAAUAUAUUAAAGAGACAACAGAUUCAUUCGAUUUCCACGACAAGAUACAGUGUGAAGAGGAUUUCCUAAACUGCCUUGAGAAUGAGAAAGUUUGUACAUUUAUUGAAGACCUUAUCGCUCAGAAGGCGCCUUUGACGAAGGUAUUAAGGUUGAUCUGUCUCCAAUGCGCCACGGGAUCGGGUCUCAAGCCGAAAGUACUAGAAUACUACAAACGAGAAUUAGUACAAGUGUAUGGGUUAAAGACUUGGCUCACGUUAUGCAAUCUGGAAAAGUGCGGAUUGCUUAAACCACAGACUGGGUCUAGACAAUAUGCGGUUUUGAGAAAGGCGUUACACCUAACAAUGGACGAAUCAGAGUUAGAUGCUACAGAGAAGAGUUAUCUAUCGAGCAAAUACAUUCCCCUCACAGUGAGACUGAGCGAACACAUCUCGAAGAAUAAAGGCUGGGCUGGUAUUGUGGAUGUUAUGGGAGCUCUACCAGGACCAACAGUUGAUGAGCUACAAACGCUACAGCCUCGCAUGGUUCGUCGGAACUCCAUCACGAGUGAAAACUCCUCUGUAGACAGCCCUAAAGUGAUUUUAAUAUUUUUCAUCGGCGGCUGUACCUACCACGAAAUCUCAGCAUUACGUUCAAUCAGCCAACAAGAAGAUUCCAAUGUUGAAUUCGUUAUUUUAACGACCAAAAUAAUUAAUGGAAACACUUUUAUCGAAACUCUCAUGGAGGAAUAAUUAUAUAUACUUACUUAUAUUUAUUAAAACAUAUUUAUGUGAUAUAUUAUCGUUAUUAUCAAUGUGUUUUGAACAUAAUAAAGGCCUGUAACAUUG